AUGGAUAUCUUUAGGUUUUCAAAGCGUUUCAUAUUCACUAGCUUUGUUCUUACUUCCUUUCAUGUUUUGCCUAGUCUUUCUUUUACUUCAUUCGUGUUUGGAGACUCCCUCGUGGAUGCUGGGAACAAUGACUACCUUUUCACCCUCUCAAAGGCAAAUUCGCCACCUUAUGGCAUCGACUUCAAGCCUUCCGGUGGGCGGCCCACCGGAAGAUUCACCAAUGGUCGAACCAUACCCGACAUUAUCGGUCAAACCCUUGGAGCUGUGUCGUUUCCCCCACCUUACCUAGCACCAAAUACUCAAGCUCAUGCAAUUCAUAGAGGAAUGAAUUAUGCUUCUGGAGCUUCAGGCAUAUUAGACAAAACAGGAUCUCUGUUUAUAGGAAGAAUUCCGUUAAGUAAUCAGGUGAACUAUUUUGAGCAAAGUAGAAAUUACAUGGUAAAUGUAAUGGGAGAGAAACGUACAAAGGCAUUCCUAAAGAAGGCAAUAUUCUCUUUAACGACUGGGUCCAAUGAUAUGUUGAAUUAUGUUCAACCAUCCAUUCCCUUUCUUGGGGGUGACAAGGUUUCUCCCUCUACGCUCCAUGAUUAUAUGGUUUUUAACUUGACCACGCAGCUUAAGCGUUUACAUGAAUUGGGGGCUAGAAAGUUCGUUGUGGUUGGGAUUGCACCACUGGGAUGCAUACCAUUUGUUCGUGCGCUGAAUUUACUACCAAGAGGAAAAUGCUCAGUUGAGGUCAAUACAUUGAUCCAAGGCUACAAUCAGAGACUGAACUCAACACUAGAUCAAUUGAAUCGACAGUUGGGACCAGAAUCUGUAUUUGUGUAUGCAAACUCCUAUGAUGUUUUCUCGAGGAUCAUACUAAGUUAUCGCCAUUACGGUUUUGAGAAUGCCGAGGAACCGUGCUGUGGAGGAAACUUCCCACCAUUUAUUUGCUUCAAGGGCAAUAAUAAUGCAAGCACAGCCACCUCUGUUCUGUGUGAUGAUCGAUCGAAGUAUGUGUUUUGGGAUGCAUAUCACCCAACAGAAGCUGUCAAUAUCAUCAUUUCCAAAAUGUUACUCGAUGGUGAUGAAAGCAUUAGCUUUCCUAUGAACUUCCGUGAACUUUACAACUACAACAACUCCUAGUAGCUUUCAAAAGAAGGACAGACUGCAGAUUAAUCUUCCAAAAAUGUAAUUCUCAGAAGAAUUGAAAUGUUCAUGUAUAGGUAUGUUGAAGUGCUUAAAGAUUGACAUGCCUUUCAACAUUUGCAAUUGCGGAAUGAUGUUGGAACUUGGAACGCCAUGAUAGUUGAUGCAACCAAAGCAUCCUCGACCCACGA